AUGGCCCCGGGCACCGGCCCAUCCACCCACCGCGGGGGUCCACCUGGGCUCUGGUGCUCCCUCAGCCCCCCUGUGGUUACAACAGGGAAACGCCCCGGGGCCUGUCAGCAGGACCAGUGGGCACAGCAGAGCAGGCAGCGCCAGCGUCCUCGAGUGCUCCUGGCCCAGGGGCACUGGCAGGUGCCGUCCUGCCGCCCGCCCGCAAACAAGUGCGCAGACAGGGACCUGCCGGCCGUGUCCGCCCACCCCAGGUGCUGGGCCCAGGCGCUGCCCACGCGGAGCCCACGGAUUGGCCUGUGCUGCGGCCCCGGCGCCACAGCCCUGUCCAGCCCGUCUGCUCCUGAAGACGCUUGCGCGUCCCUGGCCAGCGCACCUGGAGACAUGGUUGUGCCUGUCGCAAACUGCGGGCUGCGGGAGUACAACGCGAACCCCAAAGAACACAUGCCCCUCAGAGACUACAUUAGCUACUGGAGGGAGCACAUCCAGGGGGGCUAUGCCUCACCCCGGGGCUGCCUCUACCUCAAAGACUGGCACCUGUGCAGGGACGCCUCGUCGGAGGAAGUGUUCUCCCUGCCCGUGUACUUCUCCUCCGACUGGCUGAACGAGUACUGGGACGCCGUGGGCCGGGACGACUACCGCUUCGUCUACAUGGGGCCUGCCGGCAGCUGGUCACCCUUCCAUGCCGACAUCUUCCGCUCCUACAGCUGGUCAGUCAACAUCUGUGGGAGGAAAAAGUGGCUCCUAUUCCCUCCAGGGCAGGAAGAAGCCCUGCGUGACCGCCAUGGUGGCCUGCCCUACGACGUGACCGUGCCUGCUCUGCGCGAGCGUGGUGCCCCGCCCCUGGAGGUCACGCAGGAGGCGGGUGAGAUGGUGUUUGUGCCCAGCGGCUGGCACCACCAAGUCCACAACCUGGAGGACACCAUCUCUGUCAACCACAACUGGGUGAACGGCUGCAACCUGGCCAGCAUGUGGCACUUCCUUCAGCAGGAGCUGCAGGCCGUGCAGCGGGAAGUGGCCGAGUGGAGGGACGCCAUGCCCGACUGGCACCACCACUGCCAGGUCAUUCUGAGGGCCUGUUCAGGGAUCAAUUUUGAAGAGUUCUACCAGUUCCUCAAGGUCAUUGCCGAGAGAAGACUAUGCGUCUUCACAGAUGGUGGGCCGGAAGACGCCAGCCCUGGCCUGGGCCCCCAGCAGGCUGCUUUUGACAUUGGCCGGAUUGCCGAGGUGCUGGCGUCCCUCGUGGCCCACCCUGACUUCCAGAAGGUGGACACCGGCGCCCUCUCACCGCAGCCAGGGGAGCUGCUGCAGCGGCUGGAGGAGAGUAUGGCCACCUUUGCGGCUCUGUAGACCGCUGGCUGUCUGGGCCACGGUGCUGGGACUGCUCCCCUGGAAAUAAAUCUUGGCCGCCCCCGUUUGGCCGUGGCCGGCCCCAGCUGCACGCCUGCUCGCGAGCCUGCUCUCCGGUCCCACAGCUUGUCAGGCUCAUGGGUGAGGCCCCGCCAGGACUGAGAGCCCUGGGCCGGGAGGGCGGCGGCGGCG